UAGAGAAGCGUUGAGGAAACGGGUGCUUGCGUACUAACAGCGCAUGUUAGCCUAAAAAAAAAAAAUCUAACAACAUUAUUUUACAUUUAUUUCGCAACGCUACAGGAAGCAUAUAACUCUAAUGGAGGUUAUCGGGUCAAUAGAGAAAAUAAACGAGCCGAGCCUAGCCCUGACAUCUCUUCGCCUCCUGGUGCCCCCACUGCAGCUUCUGUCUGCGGCUAUGUGGCAGCUGGCGAAGCAGAAAGAUGUGAUGAAUUAUGAGAAGCUUCAGGAGUUUGUGUCCAUGGUGACAGAGGCAUUCCCUGGACUGAUCAACCACAGACAGAGAGCCCAACUCAUUCUGGGUCUAAAAGCAAGGUUGAUUCUGGAGCUUUGCAAAGGCUCGGCUCGCGGUUCUGUUGAUUCUCAAGUCGUCCAGAGCUAUUUGGAUAGACUCCCAAUAGCCUCUGCAAACACAGAUUACAGGGAUGCAGAGGUGAGAACGACAGAGUCCACUUUCAUUGCACUUGUUCAGAGCCUGCUGAAAGAUCCAGUUGAGAGAGCCUAUUUCUACCAGGAGGUGUUCCCAGUGGAAUAUGGGCCACAGUUUGAUGCUGCUUUGCACGUGUUAUUGUGGGAGCUGCUCUCAAAACUGGAAAAGCUGCUUCCAAUACCAGACUUAAAACAGACUGCGGCCUGGCUCGGCUCUGCUCCUUCUGCGUGGGAGGAAUGUGUUCAGUCCUCACCUGAAGACCUGAGCUUAAUCUUCCAACACUACAAAAGUUCAGGACUACUGAAAAUGCCAUGUGGCCCUUCAUCCACCGUCGGGAGCUGCAUCAUGUCUGCUUUAUCCAUUCCUACCUCGCAAAAAACCAACAUCUCUGUCGGACUGGAAUCCAUCCACAAUUAUGCUAAUGCGCUAAACCCCGUCACUUUUGUUGGAACGGAGCAGUACAGCGUCGUGGCCGUCUACACCGAAGUCGGAGCGUCGGAAGUAGAUCGAGAACUGAUCGAGUCAGCCGAAGUGCAACUUCAGACUGAUUUCUAUGAAGAGGAGAUAGUUAGCGUCGAUAACGCCGGCUGUGAGGAGGCUACCAGCCUGAGGGCAGAAGAUACGAGUGAAACUGUGGAUGUGGCUAAAGCUCUGGAGACUCUGACAAAAACCUUUGCACUAAGGAAGGAGAGCCUCGGUCAAGAUGUCCCGACAGGAAAGAGCAAUGAUUUGGCCCUUAAUGGUGAGCUUGGAAAUGGACCCGAUGAAGGAAAAACACACAACGGACAAGAAACAAGCGAGCCAACGGAUGAGAAACGAGGAAACGUCGAAGAGGUGAAGAAGGAUUUCCGACCUGAAGGCGCAGAGAGCAAUAUGGACCCUUGGGCCGAUUCAAAGGGUGAUCAGGAAUCCUUUUCUGUCCAUGAAGACAUGACAGAUGUCCCCAAUGAGGAUCCGGUCUCUGAAACUCAACAGUCUCCCAGUUUGGAUAAUGUGCGCCGAUCCACUCGUCUACAAAUGAAGACCCCCCCCAGUUGGCAGGAGACGUGUCAAAUCCAGAUGUCAUCCAGAGAAAGUAGUGAAGAACCAAAAAUGAGCAAAGGUGCUGGAUCCGUUGCCCCCUCGGUUAUAGCCAUCAAAGGAAUGGACAAAGGUGACUUGGAUGACAUGACCUCCAUCAUCUUCACCUGCUCCCAGUGUCCCUUCCACAACUCGGACAAGAACAGCCCACCCCACUUCCACAUGCAGAGCGUUCGCACCGAAGUGUACAGUCCUCUCUCAGGAGCCAAAUUUGCACCGUCUCCUUCCAGCACGGAUGAGAUCUUUACGUCCAUUAAACUGUUCCCCAAAAGAAACAUAGAGGAGAGCAACGCAGAACAGUCACAGAGCAGACAGAAGGCCCUCGCAUGUGAAACGUGCGGUAAGACGUUCACCCGGUCGUCGGACGUGAGGAGACACCAGCUCACCCACACCGGGGAGAGGCCGUUUCAUUGCUCGCAGUGUGACCGGACCUUCCAGCACUCGUGGGAUCUGGCCAAACAUGAGAGCAAACAUCACGGCGUGGCCAUUUCUUUCUCCUGCGAGCUGUGCGGGAGCUCCUUCGCUAACCUCCGCGCGCUCACCGUCCACCAUAAGAAGUCCCACUCAGAGGAGAGCCAGCUCCCUCAGAUCUGCUCCAUCUGCAGCCACAGCUUCCCCACUCCCUCCGAGCUGCACGAGCACAGGAAGUCUCACGUCACCGCCAAACGCUACAUCUGCCAGCAGUGCGGCGAGGGCUUCGACUCCCUGCUCGCGCGCUCCCAGCACCGGCAGAUGCAUCAAGUGAAGAGUCAAUUUAAGUGUCCACACUGCGAGAAGACGUACACCCGGAGAUCUGACGUGAAGAGACAUCUAUCCACCCACACUGGGGAACGACCUUACCAGUGUAGCCAGUGCAGCAAACGGUUCUCGCUCCGCUUUAUGCUCAUGAAACACCUCCGGGUUCACACAGGUGAGCGGCCGUUCCAGUGCUCCCACUGCCCCAAGAGGUUCACCCUGGUGUCGGUGCUGGCCAGACACGAGAGGAUGCACACCGGGGAGAAACCGUUCCUCUGCUCUCAGUGUGGGAAGGGCUUUUUAUCGCAGGGGGAGCUUUCAAAACAUCACAGGUCCCAUGUGGACGACAGGCCCUACUCCUGCCCUCAGUGUGACAAGCGUUUCAAGAGCAAGAAAACCCAGCAGGAACACAUCGUCUCGCACACCGGCGCCCGCCCGUACCCCUGCACCUACUGCGGGAAGGGCUUCACCAAACCGUACGCGCUCACCAGACACAAUCUCAUCCACACGGGAGAGCGGCCGUUCCCCUGUGGACACUGCGAGAAGUCCUUCCUCACCCUCAGCGAGGCUCAGCUGCACCAGCGCAUUCACACGGGGGAGAGGCCGUACCCCUGCAACAUCUGCGAGCUCAAGUUCAAGAGCUCGUCAGAGCUGGCGCGACACAAGCGAAGCCAUUCGGGUUUGAAGCCGCUGAAGCCGUACUGCGAGCAGUGCAUGAAGACGUUCCCGUCCAAGGCCAAGCUGAAGAAACACAUGGAGAAACACACAGAAGAGGGAGAAGCCGCACAGUCUGUGGACUCAAGUAAUUAAACAAAUGAUGUAGAUGAUCUCUGUAGUUGAAUAUGUGGCAUUUUUUAAGAUGCUUGAGUUCAGAUAGUUUUGAUCAGGAGAGAAACACUAGUCCACAUCUCUUGACUAUAGGACUGGGGCAGUUACCGCAUGACUGCAAUAUCACGUGCCACUAACGCUGCAAUAACAUCAUCAGCGCCAUCACUGCAUUUUCUUUCUUACUUUUGGCUCGCAACAGUUACAGGGGAAUGGAUAUCAUGGGAUUUGAAAUAUAAUGAAAAUUGUGUAUUUAUCCUUAUCGACUGUCUUCAAGAGUUUAUGGAGAUAAAACAAAAACUUAAAGCGUGAUUCUCGCCAAAAUGAAACGUAGGGUCUUUUUUGUGAAUGUACCAGAGUCAAACUUUUGCACAAUUAGGACGGAAGCGCCACUUUUACGAUUUACCGUAUUUUUGUUAGUCGGUCAAAUGGCAAGGGGCACUACUGUAAUAGCAUCAAAAUCAACAUGUUUAAAACACCAAGAAGGCUCGACACAACAUGAAACUUUGCUCAAAGCAUCCCCAGAGGCUCUACACAUGAACCUGAGCAUUGAGAACAUUGUUUGUGUUCAGUUUACUAAAAAAGGUUUUAACAACUCUAGCUGUUGGUUUUUCCGGUUCGCUGGAGGGGAGAUGGAAAGCUCUAUAAAUGCACGAAUAAUUUGUUGUUAGUAAAAAAACUAUAUUGACCUUGUAGUUGAAAAAGGAGCCUCGUAUGAGAAUGACAUUUCCUCCUAUGGAGUCCGUUCAUUCGCAUUUGGAGAUCUACGCUUUUUGAUAGAGGGAACAACAGCUACAGUCAGUUGUUAAAUCCUUUUUUUUAAUAAACACAAUGUUCUCAAUGCUGGAGUUCAUGUGUAGAGCCCCUGGUGAUACUUAGAGCUAAGUUUUAUGUUGUGUCGAGCCUUCUUGGUGUUUAAAAAGUGUGUAAUUUUUAUAGUAGCGCCCCUAGCACUCCCAUUCAAAAGCCAUUUGUCCCAAAACAAAAAUACAGUAAAUCUUAAAAGUGGCGCUUCCGUUCUAAAUAUGCUUUUAAACAAAGGUUUGACACAGUUACAUUCACUAAAAGACCCUAGGUUGCAUUUUGGCGAGAGUUACGCUUUAAGUUGCUCGUCACUUCAGCUUUGCACAUGAAGAUGGACAGUCCGUUGAGCCGAGGCGGACAUGGACGCGUUUACUAUAGCGUAGCCUAGCAGCUAACGAAGCGUCCUUAUGUUUCAUAGGUUAAUCACGACAAAACAGCACGGUUGAGUUUCAGCCUGCAUGCACGUUUUGUAUGUCUUAACAGAGCGGCUUAUGGUUUAUUUAUAUUAUAUAUUUAUAUUGGUAGAGAGAGCAGAAAGUCAGCGGACUGCCGAGUCACGCUCUAUGGCUGCUAAAGACCGCUGUGCUACGACGCGUCUGCCCUCGGCAUUGUCGGCCAACUUUUUUUUUUCUUUCCUUUUUACUUUAUUUACUCAAUAACGCUUUAUGAACUUUCUGUGGAAUAGAUGAACGCAGAGGAGAGAAAGCAGAGUGGUAUGACAGCAAAACACAAAAGAUUCAGCUCUAACUUACGCUACUCUCGUAAGGGGGUUGCGGUUAACCUUCACACCGUGGUGAUUUGCUGCUUCUUCACCGCGGUAAGAAAGAAUCCAUACCGUCCCAGCCCUACUUGACUAUCCUGACUCUGUUGCAUCCUUCAACCUCUGAGUCAACUACUCUGAAAGUUCCAAACAUUCUGUCUUUAACUUUUCUUUCUCAUCUCCAGUUCUCAAGUUUUCAACAGUUGAAAUUAUGUUUUGAGUCCUAUGCAAUUGUUUGUUUGAAAUGGGAUCCCUAUGACAAGCAGAAGGAGCUAAACUAUUUGACUUCAUAAAGGAUUCCAUUUACUCAAAGCUGGCUGCACUUUGCUUUCCUUCCAGAAGAUGGAGACCUAAUCUCACACUAGUUAUUUAUUAGCUACCAUUGAGUUACUUAUCACCCUCUCUCCCAGGUAAGGGGGAGAAAUCCCAGGGCAGGUCUGAAUUUAGCCCCUCUCUCAGCGGGUAAGCCUGCCUCGUGCUCCCACGCUGGCCCUGGGAGAUGUGAGCCUAACUCCUCCGCAGUUUUCCACCUGACCCCCCAAGAUCCCUGCCCAGUCAUGUGGAGGGCAAACCAGCCCCCAGCGCUCACUCACCACUGUUUCUCCCAUAGGCUCUUCUCACAUAGAAUACAACGGAAAUAUGCUCCG